UUCUUUACCUAUAUCCCCGUUCUAAUCCAAAGCCAAGCCACCUUUCAUGCCCUGCAACAAUAGCAAUGGAUGCUUUAAAACAGUGGUUUCUGUACAAGUUGCAGCUUAUUCUCAACUGGUGGCAACCACCUCCGGAAGAGAUCGAACCUUGGUCAGAUCUAAUGGGAAACGUUAGAUUCUAUUAUAACAACGAUGAGGACUUCAAAUGGUCUGCUACGGUGCUCAUAAUCGUAAUUGCAAUAGUCAUGGCUUUCGCGGUCAGUUCGCCGUGGUUGCUGGCAUGGCGGUACCGUAGGCGAUACAAUAUAGAUGCUUUUGUAGCAGUUGCUGCAAUUCACGCCUUGGAUGAGUCCAAACAUUGUUUGAAACUGAUUGCGAAGCACUUGGAGCGGAAACGUGAUUAUUCAACACGAUCUGAACUGCUUAAGGCAGCAGCCUAAUGAGUCAUUCUAAAGAUGACUCACCAAACAACAAAGCGAACAUGAAUCAGAUGUGUUUCACCAGAACGGCGACUAUCCACCAGAACAAACUAAUUUUCGUGUUGUGUAUUCCUUUAUUUUAUGUUGUUUUAUGAACGAAUAAUGAUAUAUUUUA